UAUCCACAUGUCCUUCUGUCAUUUGCUUCGUUCGUAUUCCUUUUAUCGUGUUGUAGUGUGUUUUAAUUCUGCUUUUUCGCUCCCUAAUUAACGUAAAAUGGAGGUUAAACCGACCACGAAUGGUGUGGGGAUGACAAGGGAUCCUGGGGCGGUCAAACUUUUUAUCGGUCAAGUUCCACGUACUUGGGAAGAGAAAGAUUUGCGGCCAAUUUUCGAGCCGUUCGGUGCGAUUUAUGAACUUACAAUCCUAAAGGACAAAUUCACCGGCAACCACAAAGGAUGUGCUUUCUUGACGUUUUGCACAAGAGAAGCCGCUGUUAACGCUCAACAAAAACUACACGAAAAGAAGACUUUACCCGGGAUGCAYCAUGCAAUUCAAGUCAAGCCAGCAGAUAGUGAAACAAGAUCAGAGGACAGAAAACUAUUCAUUGGAAUGAUAUCWAAGUCAGCUAAAGAAGAUGAUGUUCGUGUUAUGUUUUCACCUUUUGGUACUAUAGAAGAACUAACAGUKUUGAGAAACUCAGAUGGUUCAAGUAAAGGGUGUGCKUUUCUAAAAUACAGUAACAGAAUGCAGGCGCAGGGCGCAAUAGCAAACAUGCACAAUAGCAGAACUAUGGAGGGYUGUUCAUCACCAAUGGUAGUCAAGUUUGCAGACACAGAAAAGGAAAAAUUACAGAAGAAAAUGCAACAGAUGGCAACGUUUGGUGGAAUGGCUUUUGGUAGUCCUGCAGCUUUCCCCAUGGCUUAUGGGUCUGCCAUUGCUCAACAGCUUCAACAGGCAGCUGGGAUCCAACCAGGCUUCAACAUGAUGUCAGGAAUGAAUCAAAUGCUGCAGCCAGGAAGUUUGGGYGCUUUAGUAGCRGCAACAGUCAUGGCACAACAACAACAGCAACAACAACAGACUCCAGCUGGUAUACAGAGUAGCAUGGCUAAUGCAGCAGGGUCAAGUGGUGUCAUGACUAGUACAGCAAACACAGUAUCAAGUACAUCACCCAUGAAUCUUGGUGUACAGGGAAUGCAAGGAAUUCCUGGACUAGGGAUGAAUGUAAGCACAGGCAGCCCAGGUCUAACGUCUUUAGGAAUGACUAAUAUUGGUGGUUUAGGGAAUGGUUUAGCUGGAAAUUCUGUGGAUGCACUUUCACAGGCAUAUUCUGGUAUACAACAGUACAGUGCAGCAUUUCCAACAGUAUAUAACCAUGCCUUAUAUCAACAACAAACUCGACAACCUCAAAAGGAAGGUCCAGAAGGAGCUAAUUUAUUUAUUUAUCAUUUGCCACAAGAAUUCUCAGAUGCAGAUCUGUUGAACACUUUUCAACAAUUUGGUAAUGUUGUAAGUGCUAAAGUGUUUAUUGACAAAGUCACAAACACAAGUAAAUGUUUUGGUUUUGUAAGCUAUGACAACCCUCAGUCGGCCGCCAAUGCCAUAACGCACAUGAACGGCUUUCAGAUUGCGACCAAGAGACUCAAAGUACAGUUAAAACGCCCCAAAGACGCAAAUCGACCGUACUAGAUCACGUGAUAUGUACUGAUUGUCUGUGCGUCCGUCCUUUGUAGCAGUGGCGGUGACCUUUGCGCAUGUCCGUGGUUAUUGUGGUGAUGCAAGUACUGAUGUAGUCUACAUGUAGUGGUGUUUUGCAGUGUUUUCCAGGCUUUUGCCUUGUUCUUGUAGGUGAUGGGAUGUCUGUAGCAUGAUGCACAGCAUGUGUUGUAAAUGUGUCAUGUGUAGAGCAGUGUUACAUGGAUCUCACACUGCUCUUUGCAUGACUUGUCUCUUUGUUUUAUGACCAGUCCGCACUAUGAGUACCGCAGUUUCGGGUAGCAUCGUAUGCUCAGCGUCUCAGCCAAACAAAGUGCAAGGUYUUUAGUUCCAAAUAUAUCCAGUAGAUAUUUGUGUGUGUAYGAACAGUAUUUUGUAGCAUUCAUAGUAGUUUGAUGUGUUGUGUAUGUAUUUUUGGUGGAAGAUUGAGUGUCAUUGGCUUUGUAAAAGCUGUUUAAGUCACGUGUUAUGUCCUCAUUCUCUCAUCUUCAAAUGAAAAUCUACAACAUAUUUAUGACAAAUAAACUUGCAAUUUUGCCCAUC